CCAGCCGGGGCGGGGCGCGCGGGCCCGCCAUGCCGGACAACUCGGGGGUCAAGACGUACGGUGGGGCCGGAGCGGGCCGCUCCAGGGGCGCCUACCAGGACCGGGACAAGCCCGCACAGAUCCGCUUCAGCAACAUCGCCGCGGGCAAAGCUGUUGCCGAUGCAAUUAGAACAAGCCUGGGGCCAAAAGGAAUGGAUAAAAUGAUUCAGGAUGCUAAAGGGGAUGUGACAAUUACCAAUGAUGGUGCCACUAUUUUGAAGCAAAUGCAGGUCCUGCAUCCUGCAGCCAAAAUGUUGGUAGAGCUGUCCAAAGCACAAGAUAUUGAAGCUGGUGAUGGCACCACAUCUGUUGUUGUCAUUGCUGGAGCUCUCUUGGAUGCCUGUUCUAGACUUCUCCAGAAAGGAAUUCACCCUACCACCAUUUCGGAAUCAUUCCAGAAGGCUUUAGAUAAGGGUGUUGAAGUCUUGACCAACAUGGCACAUCCCGUUGAACUGAGUGACAGAGAAACUUUGCUAAAUAGUGCAACUACUUCACUGAACUCAAAGGUUGUCUCUCAGUACUCUAGUCUGUUGUCUCCAAUGAGUGUGGAUGCAGUGAUGAAAGUGAUUGACCCAUCGACAGCUACUGGUGUCGAUCUUAGAGACAUUAAAAUGGUUAAAAAGCUUGGUGGAACAAUUGAUGAUUGUGAACUGGUUGAAGGACUAGUCCUCACUCAGAAGGUGGCGAAUACUGGUGUAACUAGAGUGGAAAAAGCAAAGAUUGGUCUCAUUCAGUUUUGCCUGUCGGCUCCAAAGACAGAUAUGGACAACCAGAUUGUUGUUUCUGACUAUGCUCAGAUGGACCGAGUAUUGCGUGAAGAGAGAGCUUACAUUCUCAAUUUAGUUAAACAAAUUAAGAAGGCUGGAUGCAAUGUGUUGCUGAUUCAGAAAUCUAUUUUGCGAGAUGCUCUUAGUGACCUUGCUCUGCACUUCCUAAACAAGAUGAAGAUCAUGGUGGUUAAAGAUAUUGAAAGGGAAGACAUUGAGUUUAUAUGUAAGACAAUUGGAACCAAGCCAGUCGCUCAUAUUGACCAGUUUGCUCCUGACAUGCUCGGAUCUGCAGAGCUGGCAGAAGAGGUCAACCUGAAUGGCUCUGGGAAGCUAAUAAAGAUUACGGGGUGUGCAAGCCCUGCAAAAACUGUAACAAUUGUGGUACGUGGAUCCAACAAAUUAGUGAUGGAAGAAGCUGAACGUUCAAUUCAUGAUGCACUGUGUGUCAUACGCUGCUUGGUGAAGAAAAGAGCCUUGAUUGCAGGUGGUGGUGCACCAGAGAUAGAGUUGGCCUUGCGCUUGAAUGAAUAUUCUCGCACCUUGAGUGGUAUGGACUCCUACUGUGUCCGUGCAUUUGGAGAUGCACUGGAAGUUAUUCCAUCUACGCUAGCUGAAAAUGCGGGCCUUAAUCCUAUUUCUACUGUAACAGAGCUGAGAAAUAGACAUGCUCAAGGGGAGAAGACAGCGGGCAUUAAUGUCAGAAAGGGUGGAAUUUCCAACAUCCUGGAGGAGUUGGUUGUCCAGCCUUUGCUUGUCUCUGUCAGUGCUUUGGCACUUGCUACAGAAACUGUCCGCAGCAUUCUUAAGAUUGAUGAUGUGGUGAACACUCGGUAAGACAACUGCAGAAAACAGUGGUAUUGCCCGGGGUAUCUUGCCAUAGUUCAGAACGUGGUCUCUUCAUGAGAUCUCUGCAUCGGACAUCUAGCUAAUGCCUACUUACAUCUAUGUACUUUUAUCAAUUUAAUUUAAUAAAAUCUGUGGUUUCGAAAAGCAAAUUCUGUUUGUAAAAGAAAAGACGGUAUUCUACACCUGGAGGUCUGCAUUAAAAAAUUCAACCAUUCUG